AUGAUAGUGAUAACGGACGAUGAUGAUAGUUUAAUGAGUAUGAGGGCUCUCGAGCAAGGAGCCACUCUCUGUGUCCAAAAGCCUGCCACGAUACAGGUCACAGACCACCUUUGGCAGCACGUGCUUUGGGAGAAGACCUCGAGACGUGAAAUGAAAAAGAAAAAUGAUCAAGAGGCAAAUACAACGCAUGCCAAAAGGAGUUCGGAAAAAAAUCAGCAGCUGACCGAUUUUGUGGGCUCCAAAAGGAAGCAAUGGACCCAAUGGACAACCGAACUUCACGGGAAAUUCGUGCAGGCUGUCACUCAACUCGGGCCAGGGAAAUGCUUUCCGAAAGAAAUUCACGAGCUGAUGAAUGUGCCGGGCCUCACAAGAAUGCAGAUCGGGAGUCAUCUUCAGAUUUGCCGCAAUGGAAAAUGGCGGCAAAAAUCAAGGGAGGGAAGCGUGCAGCAAGAUAAUGCCGAACCAAACGAUAAAAAGCCAAGGUACGGGCACAUGCCUCGUUUAUCCACUGAGCCCGAGCUCCACCAAGGAACAAAUGAAGAACCUCAAGAGGCAAAUCAAGAACAUCAAGAACCAAAUCAGACAGAGUUUGCAACUAUCGUCUCCGAGGUUCCGUCUAACCCAAGAGACGACGACGCCAUUGAUAACGACCCUCUUGAUGAAUUCGCUGACUUGGAGGAAAUUAUCAAAUACUUCACUGAUUUAUAA